AUGCAAUCAUAUAUCACCAUUUCUAUGAAAGUGAAUUUAAAUCUGAGGCAACCAUCACCCACCUCUGAAAUCAUUAUUAUUAUUAUACUUAAACUUCAAUUCAUUCUUCGUUGAACUAUAUUGCGUUGCUAAGGUUAUUUUUUAUCGACAAUUGCGAUAUUGGGCAGUGUAAAAGGUAAUUAACAUUUUCUUUCUUUGACAUCCUAGUAACUUAUAUAGGCCUCGUGGUUAUGCAAUUGAGUGUCAUAAGGACAAGUGCAUGGAAUUUUUAUUUUGCACAUUUCUAUUGUCGAACUGGUGUUGCUUCAAAAAGCUCAGAAGAAAUGUUAUUUCGCUCAUGCAUUAAUAACAAUAAGGCUUUACUUUUACUUAUUUUCAAGUAGGUUAUCCUUUUGAAACAUGCUAUAUAUUUGUUAGAAUUGGGGAAUAUUUCGAUUGCUUGCAAUAACAAAAGUAUUUCAGUGUUUGUGGACAUCUUUAAAAAUUUAUAAUAUGCUUUUCCUCUCAAGUGAAAACGAGAAAAACAAAGGCUCUUUUUUACUAUCGUUCUAUUUUAAUUCUAUUUUCAAGAGAUUUCCUUUCUGUGUUAGCUUCCUGUGUUUUGAUUUUCAAGAUUUAAAUUCAUGAAUAAAGCAGCAUCGCUGGCAGAUUGAUACAGCAAAUAGACUAAGUAGAUUAGAUUGAACAUAUGAAAAGAUGGGAGAUAUUUCUUCUAAGUGUUUUGUUUUAAAGUUACUUAAAAGAAUAUGUCCUUAGAAAAUCUAAGGACAACAAAGUAUUCAUUUUAUUGUGUAAUGUAUUUGACCACUCUUGCUAUAAUUAAUCAUGCGUAAACGCUUCUUAUAUUUCGGGUGAGCUUGUAAGAUUUGACUUCCAACCUUCAGUUCUGCAACUCGAGUUCUUGAAAAAAAGAAAAAAAAAAAAGAAAAUCAUCGCGGCCAAGUUGGUCUUUAUCACCAUGAAAUUAUUAUCAUACGAGGGCUAUAGCAAACACUCGUAAUGAGUGAUUCUAACGACAACUGUAUGCCACUAGGUCGGAAUAGAGGGCUUUGUAAAGGACUCUGCUGGCCUGCGUUUUCCAACCCACUUCUCCCUGUUUUUGAAUAUCAGAUAAAACAUUGCUCCUCGUGUUUGAUAUGUAACCCAAACCUAAAUGUGUAAUACGGGUAGCUACUAAGUACCUGUCCGUAAGAAGUCAUCAGUGGCGCUUGGUUUACUCAGUAAACGCUCUAAAAUAUAAAGACACAUGAUGCGACCUAAAACUUCAGUCGAAAGCGGUGAUGGCUGAGUAUCCUUGGAUGGCACUAAAAUUUUUUUACAGCUCUCAUAAUACCUUGGAAGCAGAGGUGCCUUCGAUCUUCCUAGAGGAUUUAUUCUCGACUGUUACUGAAUGAAACUGAAGUAGCAUGUUAUAAAAACAAAUCAAAAUAAUAAUCAUUUUAAAAGAGGAAAAACUUAAGCCAAAAUAUACCAUGAGCUUUAUUUUUUUUUCUUACGUGAAGAUUCGAAAGCCGUUUCAAAAUUGAAGAAAAUAAAUGAAUUAUAGGCUUGGCUUUAACUACAGUGCGUAGUCUCAGUUAAAGUAGGAAUUGGUGUCUCCCUGUCAAAAUUUCUCUACCUCCCUUUAAUUCUUUGUAUUGAACUGAUUGCCAAAUACGUUGAAAACCUUCUUUUAACAACUAUAUUUAAUACAGUGUUUCUAUGGAGCUACAAAGAUUAUCCAAGUAGCUUAAGGGUGGCUGCGAAAUCAGCGUAGAAUCACACGUGUGGUGAUGCAGGGCCUCAAAUUUCAUUGUAAUUUGUUAUUUGUCAAAUUCGGCGAACGAUCGAAAAACUUCAAAAAUUUAUAGUAGUGAUAUUUUUUCCCAAUAUUUUCAACCGUUAUUUUCUCCCCUAGACAUAUACUAAACAUCUUGAAUUGGUGUCAGUUGGUGUGUCACAAGUUGAAAUAAGCUUGAACGUGUGGCGGAGCAUUCAGUCAUUUUGUGCCGCCCUUUUUGCAGAGCGCAUUUGCUUUUGGGCACUGGUAUGAUUUCAAACAUUUUCGCUCAAACACUCGUGAAAACGUGAUAGAGAGCAGUACAUCUCCAGUAGUCUUUCACGGAUUUGAGAAAAAAAGUUUGUUAUUCCACUAUUGUCAAUUAAAACCCUCCGACUACAACAGUUUUUGAGGCUAGGUAGAAUAUUGAAUAGGUUUAAAUUUACAUGUUAUUGUCCUUGUUUCGAUCAUCAAACGCCGCUUCUUCUUGUCUUGUAGACAACAAAUUAGUGUCUCCACCACCUGUAAACACCGGUACCAGCAGAUUAUCCCUGAGAUGGAUUAACACACGAACAAGGGAGUCUAUAGGCAAUAAAUCUCGAUUUCUUCUAGAGUCGAAUCAUCCAUUCAGCCGAAUCAUCCCAUGUCAAUGUCUAAUGUAAACACACACCGUAACUUUUAGGUAGUUAUUAUAACUCCAAAAAUGGAGUAAAAUUUUUAAGUACAAAAUAACCCCUUUUUGGGGGUUACUUUAACUCCUAAUUUAACUCCAGAUUUGGGGUCAUUUUUACUCCUGAAAAAGAGUUCUUUUUACUCCCAGUCUGGAGUUAAAAUAACUCCGAAAAUGGGGUUAUUUUUACUCCUUACAUGGAUUGUUUUUACCCUUUUUGGAGUUAAUUUAACUCUGAAAGUGGAGUAAAAAUUUUUGGCACAGGAUAACUCCUCAAUAUUUGGGGUCAUUUUUACUCCUAAAAAAAGAGUUCUUUAAACUCCAUUUCGGAGUUAAAAUAACUCCCCAAAAAAUAACUCCAGUGUAAGGUGUUAAACUAACCCCACGAGAGGAGUUAUUAUAACUCUUUAAAAAUUACUGUGCAGGACGCGCCAUGGUACCCACUAGUAGUUCUUUCAUAUAAUUUGGUUGUGAAAUAGGGAUAAACUAAAUCCGCGCAUCCAUCCAGAUGUAUUUUUCCAAUUUUGCCUCAGCACGUUUGUCUGUCAAGAAAAUCUAUCAGUCUUUUUACCCACAUCAAGGUAAUAGCGCUUGUUCAAGUUCGUUAUUCGUCUCUAGUAUAAAUCCAGCUAAUUUGGGGAGAUUAUUGCUCCAUUUGUGGAAUUUUAGAAUCUCUCUACCAGGCCUGGAAGGUCAGGCAGAAAAGUGUGUGCCAUGAGAAUUCGUGGCUGAAAUUUUGUAAUGACUGAGGCACGAUCGCCGAGAAAAUACCUCAAUCCAUGAAUCGAAUUUUACAAGCUUAAAAGUGUAGGAAGCCUCAGUGCACAGAAAUCAGAUUGGUCAUCCUUCUUGUAGCCCAUUGAGGCUGGUUUGGUCUGGUUUGUCUCAAAUUUUGAUCUUACUAAAUGAAAUUACCUGUGGCGUCCUGUAUUCAAAUUUUGUGUUAAUAUAAAUGGGUGUUUGAAGGUUAGCUAAACAACAUGUCUAGCUUUCCGAACGUACGUUUCUUAUUGUCGCUAGAGAAAGACCUUUUAAAAACGUGUGAAAUCAAGGACAUCAGAGUGAUAACUGACAGGGAUCCUUCGAAAAGAAAUGUAGAGAACUUGUGGUUACUGAAAUUGCUUAUUUUCCAAAUCCUAAGGUGAUAAAUCGGGACCCAGCUUUUAUAAUUCCGAUAUUUUGUUUUAUGAUUUUCACAAUGCCUAGCUUUUUAAAUCUGCCAAUAUCUGCAAUGAAAGUAAUUAAAACGAGAAAGGUCUCUUCCUACACGUAAUUGUUCAGAGGAUGUGGAAUGUUAUAUUAUAAACAGGUUCAGAACGCGGCGUCAUCAUCAUCCCUCAUGACGUAGCUUUUUUUAAACCCUUUUCUUUAUUUGAUGUAGGAAACGCCUUCCAGGCAGCCUUUCAUCGAGAGGUGGCUCAUAGAGGGCUUUUAUAUUGUGUGGUUCCCCCUUCUCUUUACGAAGGAUAUUCUCCUCUAAUUUCAUCUGGUGUUAGAUAACUACUUUUGUCAGGGGCAUCGGCCUUGCUAUGUCGCUACACUUUGUCCUUACCAUUUAUUCCUAGUACUCUUAAGACAGAAAGUGGGGAAAUCGUUCAAUUUUAAGAUGGUAUUCUCAGAAAUAACCCAGAUUUCGCAACUACAUAGAAGGACCAGGUGACCGGCAUGUGGUUUUAAAGAAAAAUUAUUUUGAGCGUCACGGGAACAGGCAGGAGACUCCAAACUUUUUUCGAUGUUUGCAGCUUUGCCUUUAUGUAUCUCUUUAGGUAAGCUGCUCUUCUAGUGAAGAUGAGGCAGUUAGAUCAAUGGAAACCACUCUCAGGGACUUCGAGCAUUGGAUGUGCUCCGACAGAAUUAUGCUUAACGACGAUGAAACCAAAUUUAUUGUAACAGCAUCACGACAUCUCUUGGAAAAGGCUGCAGUUAACACCAUUAGGGUAGGGGAUUGUGAUUUCCCCAAAGUGAGGAAUUUGGGUGCGUGAUUUGAUUACCAUUUUAAUUUGGCAGUACACUUUACUAGACUAUGCAGUGCUGCAUUCUAGUGAUUGUAUAGCAUUAGGUGCAUCAGAAAAUACUUUCAGUGGUGGUAGCCCAAUCCACUACUGCUAGUUUUCCAGCAAAACAUAUCAACGACCUCGACUUCGCAGAUUACUCGUUGAGAAUCCCCAGCCUUUACUAACUUCUCGUUACUUCUAUUGUACUUUGUUUUCGCACAAACUAAGUGUGGGAGUACUGUAUACUAUCCAAGAAUGCGUACGCACUGUUGCCUUUCCGUUAAUGUACUUUCUGAUUUGAAAGUAUGGCAUAUUUGAGCCUCCUUUACCCCGACGUCCGUCCAUCUACAUUCGCGUGUAGGGGUCCUGAUUGUAGGCAGUUGGACCCAAACCUGUUGGCAAACAGCUACUAUCCCUGCUGGUUGUAGGUUAAAGGUACUUCAACCUCGUUUGAAGUAGUUGGGAUUCCUCCUCUCCAGCCUUUUGUGUUUAAGGAAGUGAGCCUCCUCUCUCAUUGUAGGUGGUGAUCAACCUUUUCCUCUUGGAGUUAGUGGGCCUUGUUCCUAUUAGAGGGAGUUGUAUCUUCUCCAACUGGAGGUAGUGUUCCACCCUUUUCACUCGAGGUAGAGAACCGACUGUGCUUUGGGGGAUAAUGAGCGCUAUCUUUGCUAAGAGGUAGCAAUUUACCCUUAAAGAGUGUGAGGGUGACAAGACCACGUGCGCCCUGUCGAAUGAUCUAACUUUCGAACGCGGCGGGAGGCAUGCAAGUGGUAUCGGAGGAAGUCACACAACACUCCCUCAAAGUGAGCCUGCAUAGAACAUUUUCAGAGACGCCAGCAGCAACAAUCUAAAAAACUUAUUAGGAAAAGAAAAAUAUCGCUAUUGAGAAAAGCAGUCUUAUCUAGGCGGCAUAAGAAGGUAUGUAAGACGCUCCAUUGCAUACUAAACCCUAUUCAUCUGCCAGUAAAGUAGAUCCGGGUGAAUGACACAAGCACUUUGCUUUCACAGCUGAACGCGUCACUGCCUUUGUGGUAGUUUGCAAGGAGGAGCGGCAUAGGCUUAUUAAUGGGCUUGCUUCUUAUCCUCUGAAGAGUGGUACGUCUCACGGCGUACAUUUUGAAGCUGGACUUUCCAAAUCUCUGGAAGAUUACAUGCAUCAGUCCCAUUCCGUAGGUGUCGAACCUCCGGCAAAUGUCUCCAUUUUCAAAGGUAUAAAAGUAUUAAAGAGUGUCUGUACGGCAAAUGGUAAAUUUCCACACGAAAACUGCUUGGCUUCAGCCAGAUGUAAGUGCAUGCAGCAAAGGCCAUUCCAUCACACCUACUUUGCUUGCAAUAAGACAUUACAUCUUAAAGGCUAUAAGUAGAGGUGAGGUCACCAUUGCGAUUAUGGCAGGCUUUUCAAAUGCAUUUCAUACACUUGCGUAUGAGACAUUUCUUUGCAAGAUGCAUUAGUUAGGGUUUUGAAGUCCUCCUUGGGUUGUGAGUUAUUUAAGUGAUCAAAGGCAAUCCGCACCUGAUGAGCGCUCGUCGGAAUGCAUCAAUGUGUCUUUUAGGCUACCUCAGCAAUCCAUUUUGGGUCCUGUAUUAUUCAGCUUGUAUGUAAACGACUUGACUGAAGGACUCCCAACCGAAUUUAGGUCCGAUCAAUAUGCGAACGAUGCUACGAUUUACACUCUCUGCAAAUCAUCUGAGCUUCACCAUUGUCAAGCAGAAACGUAGGUUUCGCUGAAACAGCUGUCCAUCUGGUCAUCGCAAGGUAACCUGGGGCUCACCCCCAAGAGGAUUAAGGUACUGUUAUGGUUCUUUCAACUAUCCACAUGACACGAACGUAUGGACUGGACGGAUACUCCAUCAAUCUCUGUACAAAUAAAAAGGGAUUCUGCGAGUUUCAACCUUCUGCUAUCUUGGUACGGAAGUGCACGAAAACUUCAACUGGAUGACAGAGGUAAACUCAAGUUGUUACGGAACUUUGUACUGAAGGAGUUGAAUCACCUUGACCCUUAUAAUGGCAGAAAACGCUCAGAGUGUCUUAUUUUGUCAAAGAUCAAUUACAAUGUCCUUGUCAGUGAUCCUAUACCAGUUUAUCUUUUUAUGAGAUUUGAAAUACUACAGCUAGCGGCUGCUCGUUUUGUUUUAGGGCGCUAUGCAAUCAAGCAAGAUUUGCUUAAGCUAGGGUAGAUCCCAGUUGUUGAACGCAAGGAGCAGCGGGAGUAAAAAAGUUAAAGAAAAAGGUCCUUAUGUCGGCAACUUUUAACAGUUCCUUAACUGACAAACCAAAAGCGGACGGUGCGUUCUCCUCCUCACUCCACCCUAGGUCCUUUCUACGGAUAUUUAAAGCUGCGUAAAGCUACACGGAAAUGAAAGAAGUCAAAACAAAGACUUGAGGUCACACCUUGGAAUCGAACUCGGAACCUCCCGAACCUCGUUGCUCCCUGAGUCAUUAGAGAAAACACCUCAAAAUAAAGUCGAGGGCAAGGCUGCAUUAAAAAUCUUUUUUUUUAGUUUUCCCAGUUAUCGUUUUUAUUAUCAAUUCAUUGUUCAUAGUUUUAUAGCGAAGCGUCCGCGCGCGCAGCGGAGCCUCCAUUGUUAUAGAAUCGGAGCGGAGAAAAUUUGGUUAUGACGUCAGCGUACUCCCAUACAGAGUCUUGGGGAAAGGGAGGGAAGACUCAGUGAGUAAGGGGAAAGGAAUUAUUUACAGACACUCUGUACUCCUUUUUGAAGUGUUUAAUUAAGAUCUAAGCCCUCUUCUUAUUAUAGUGCUUUUGUAAUGUCUUGUGAAUCCCUUUCUUGUACUGUCUGGCUUGUUCUAAACCCAACAAUUUUUUUAAUGUUAUUGUCAAUGAUAUCUUGGCACUGAAUAAACACAAAUUUUCCUCGACAAAAAGUAAAUUACCUUAAUAGGUUCCUCAUCACAAGUGAAUAUUAGUUACCUUGCCCAUGCGCAAGUACACCAUUUGUGAGUGGUUUAAACAGACUUGAAGUAAUGACGAAGAAAUAUGUCGUUACACUGUUUCAAGAUCUCAUUUUGAUGGGUGUGAUCGGUAAUUUAGUUGACUGUUUUAUGGUCCCUUACUCUGUCCGGUAUGGUCUAAACGCGGCCCAUUUCAUUUUUUUUAUUAUAGUGAUGUCUUAGCACUGCACAAAUAUAUAUUUAUGUGCUGUUUAGCGAGGUUCUAAACCCGGUGCUUUAACUUUGAUCAGUUUUUUGUCAUGUAUUUUACAGGAAGUUUUUAAGGCGAGCAUUUUGAGGGGGAAAUGAUGUUGAUUUGGGAAGCAAAUAAAUUAGGGAAGAAAAGGUAUACACGUAAACCAGUUAGUCCGCUAAUGGGCUCAGAGGCACUCUGCUGUGGUGGUGGACUAUCUGGUAUUUGUCCACUAAUUAUUCACUUCAUAUUUUAAUUUUUAACAACCCCCAAAUCCAAUAUUUUCCAAUUUUCCCAACCUAAUUUUUAUACAUUAAAGACAUUCGAAAAAUCUUCCAAAAAUUAUUGAACCGAGGACUGCAAACCAAUUGAGCCUUUUUCGAUUGAAUGAAAACUUGGCUAGAUAUUGAAGAAAAAGGGCGGAAAUAUACGAAAAACAGUGCUUUUAACCAGACUCCUCCUUGAAAGAGAACUACGCCUGUUUCAAAUUUCUUUGGGGAUGUUUUUUUGACGUAUUUCUGUCCGUGCACAAUUGCAUGUAGUUUUUUGCGAAAUCUAGGCACUGUAGAUUCUUUCCAGGUACAGCGUUGUAACAUGAUUUAAUCAUCUGAAGUGGUGGGGUUAUCGGAGGAUCCAGACGGCUUCUUCCCUGCACGUUUUGAUAUGCCUAAUUAGCAGUUACUGUAACACUUUCCCUUGGAGGACUCUCUCAGGGAUUAAAAAAAAAACAUUAAUAAUUCAAAUGAAUCAAAACAAGGUUAAGAAUUUCAUAUGGGAGGAGGCGAACCUGCUAGCCAUUUUACGAGCGAGUCUGACGAUUUUAACUCGGGACGACCAAGAAAAAAAGUAAACCACUUUUUUUAAUCCUUUAAGGGAGUGGACCCCUCAACCAUGUAAAUUCUCAGCCCUGGGCCACUAUAUUAAGAAAUGUCGUAGACAAGUAAACCAGCUAGACUUCAAUCGGAGACCCUACAGAAAUGACGGUGUAGAAUUAGAAAAUUGAACAAGACCUACCUGGAGGAAGAAGUUUGAUUGGGAUUCUUUUACUUCUUGUUAGGCUUGAGGGUAAUGGGGGAUCAGGUGGGAGAUUGCAAUGCCCAUGCCUACUUCUGACUUCAAAGUAUUUAGCCUGUAGUAACCACUUGGGUGGAUACCUGAUCCGUAGUAUGACGUAGAAGAAUGCCAAUCAAACUUCGACUUCCAGAUAAGUCUUGUUUAAUUUUCUAUUUCCUAUUUUGAGGCAAUGAUAAAUGCAGAGUAAGAAAAUAAAUGCUAUGUGGCAAACCCCUUUAAAUACAACUUGCCUGCAUCUAAAGUAUAAGCGUAAUAAGAGGAAACAUUUCAAAUAUUACAACUGAAAUAGCUUCUCUCUACGCCUUGUAAAUAGCCUCAGCAAAAGUACUCGUCUUGAGUACUACGAACAUUAUAAUGUUUGGCAAAUACCAGUGCGGAGGACCAUUCUCCAGUGCUGAUUAUGUCCAUAUUCGGUUCUUCUGCUUUUAUAGCUGAUGAAGAUGGAGCAUCCCGAGUGCUGUGGGCUUCAAAUUUGGAUAUGUCAAUUCCAGUUAGUUAAAAUUAUCCAACGGCUAAUAGUACCAGCGCUAACAGCACGAUAAGGGUUAAGGUAAGACAACAACAACUCAGAUUUCUAUGCUCUAAGUUCAGGCGCCUCCUCAAGAUAAUGUGACAGAGUUUUGACAACACAAAUUUUAGGGUUCUCAAGAUAAGAGAAAAGCUCCAUAAUUAGAGACUUAAUGGAUGCCCACUUUGUUUGAACACAGCAAACUUAAAUCUAAUCCUAUCCAUUCCUUGUGUCUACAGCUGAGAUCUAGCUUAUUUUUUAGUGAGUUCUCAAAGUGAGAGUUCAGUAUUGUCUUUCCACUUGAACAUUCCAACCACUAAUGUACCAUGACUGUGUUGUUCGUGAAACACGAAUUCCUUUCAUAAAUCGGCAGAUGAGGGGAUGGUUUCCCACCGGGCGUGUUCUACAAGAGCAGGCUGUGUUAAUUAAGCUGUAUCCUAAACCCAUCUCAAAAAAGAAAGUAAGAUAACUCAGCACAUUGUUUACAGAUAUGUCGUGAAUCCAUUUUCCUUCCACUGCAGAAUGUAGUCCACUUUUUAAAUUGGCCUCCAUGCUGUUUUUUUUAAAAGUAGAUUUUUUCCAAGACUGUAACAUCGUUACUUCUGGAACUCCUGUUGUCCAAAAGCGCUGCCGGACACAACAUGCCGUCAGCUGCAUUUUGUUCCGUAGGGGGGUGGCUCGUGUGGAUAUGUGGAUGCCUCAGCAGGUUCGCCUAUUUCUGUAACAGUUUUGAUGGUUGAAUCAGCAUGGACAUCAGCCUUGAGUUAUAAGUCUGUGUUGGCCAAAAACGUAAAAUUGUCACAAGCGUCCGUGAACAACUGCAAAGAGUGGAAAAGCAUAAAAGGACUGACUGUCCCAUAAAAUUAAACGUCCGUCCACAGCAGUUGCCCCAGGAUCUGGUUUAUUUAUAUAUUUAUUUAUUUACCAGCUUUCUGGACACAGGCCUGCCGAGAGGGAAUGUGCACGAACGGGACUCAUAGGUCCCAUGCAAAGUGCAAUUCCUUACCCAAUCCCACAACCCGUAAAGGUUGGCCACACCACCGGGGUCUACGACCCCCACUCUUUUCGAAUAGUGAUGUAGGUUGUUUUACGUCCCACAAGAACAAAUCAGUGAAAGUGCUGUGAGACGGGACCUACGGUUUUUCGUCCUUAUCCGAGAAGACGAGAAAGUCUAACCAUUUGCAGAUGUCAUUACAAAGGCUGCACUUUCUUCUCAGUUAUUUAAAGACCCUGAGUGUUGGUCCGGCCGGGGUUUGAACCCGCGACCUCCCACUCGGCAGACCGGCGCUCUCCCAACUGAGCUAACCAGGCGGCGGUCUGGUGUAACUGCUAGCUGUUUGUUUAAUCUUGAAGCAAACAGAUCAACCUCAAAAGGUCCCCAUAACUGCGAUAAUUUCCCGAAAACCUCUUGGUGCAACAUGUUCGAUCAUCGAAAGCUUUGGAUUCACGGUCAGCCAAUACAUCCUGCUGCCCAGGGUGAUGACCUGAGCUCAGAAUUUCUUUCCAAGGUAAACUUCCAAAUCAUCCUUAUAAUGUUUUGACAAGCCCUAGACUUGCUACCUCAAUAUUGUUUAUAUAAAAAACAGUGUUAGAGUUGCCUGACAUAACUCGUAUUUGCUUGUUCCUAACAUUGCCACAAAAUGAUUGCAGUGCAAAGAGGACUGCCCUAUGUUCAAGUUAUUUAUAAGCAAUUCAGCGUCCAUAGGGGACCAAUGGCAACCUGUGGUGCAACCUUUUUUUAACGCAUCUGUAGUAAAUACUUUUUUGUAUUCCUGACUGUAGAAUAUUAUUAAUCCACCACUGCAAAUCAAGUUUAGUCCACGCUUUCAGCUCCAUCGGUGCAUCCAAAUUGGCAGAAUUUUUUUCAAAGCAUCAGCGUUUUCAUUCUCAAUAUUUCCAUAGAAAAACAUACUUAAUUUUACUGCAGGGGCGCUGCUUAUAAAAUGGCCAAAAAAAUGGCAACAUCCCUAAUUGUUGAACGCUGUAUACGAAGCACUUAUAUGCACACCUCCUGUAAGCGAUGGCCUUUUCUGCAGUCACUCUCGCAAUCCUUUGAAUAAAGAAUAAAUGAUGAACCCCCAAACAGUCAGUACUUUGGUGGGAAUGAAUACUGACUUGUCAGGAGGGAUAGUGAGACCAAAAUCUUGAGGGAGUACAGCUAGCUGUCUUUUUAACACUCUGCUAACAUUCCAGUCUUAUAUCCUCUUGUAAGUUACAGUCAUCUAUGUAAUGGGCUACCUUAAACCAUGUCCCCUUAUGCUGACAUAUACGGGCUUGAACAAUUUAGUAAACAAACGUGGACAGCAAGCCAAAACAUUGGGAAAUCAGGCAUACUGAAAGAGUUUGUCCCUCUACUGAAAAUGUAGAUAUUUGCAAAGUUGUGGGGAUAUAGGGGUGGAGUAAUUGACAUCCUCAGGCUAAUAAUAAUAAUAAUAAUAAUAUUUAAUACUUAUAUUGCGCUUUUUCUAUAAAAAUACUCAAAAGCGCAUUACAAUAUUAUUAAUAACUAAAUUAAAAACCAGUAAAAUUACCCGGUAAAAAUUACAAUAUUUAAAAAUAUAUAAAUAAAUAAGUAAAUAAUCUAACUAAAAGCCUUUUUAAAUAAAUAUGUUUUAACAGAGUGUUUAAAAGAGUCGAUUGAUGUUUCCUGUCUUAUUGGCAGAGGAAGACUGUUCCAUAAAAAGGGGGCAGCCAUCGAUAACGCGCGAUCUCCCAAAGACUUCUUCGUUCUUAGCCGAGGUCUUUCUAAUAAUAUACCAUUAUUGUUACGGCGUAGUUGGUAACGUGAGUCCGGUAAGACAGAGACAAGAUCCUUAAGAUAGCUAGGCGCAACACCGUGAAGAAUCUUAAAUGUAACAAGGAGAAUCUUAAAAUCUACGCGCAAGCGCACUGGUAGCCAGUGGAGUUCUCUUAGCAAAGGAGUAACGUGACAGUACUUAGGUGCGCAGUAAACCAAUCGAGCACUGGCAUUCAUGACUCUCUGAAGUUUCUUAAUUUGAUACUCAGGAGCACCGUACAAUAAACCAUUACAGUAGGAUCUAUAGAUGCCAUGAAACAAUUGCGCUUCACUUAUUUAAUUACUGACCCAAUAAGCGAUGCUACUCAACAUUUUCAUUGAAUUCUGUUAGACUGAGUAUCAUGUGAUACGUGCCAUCUUUUUGCGUUUUUGAUUCGUCGUUUGCGAAGUAGGCUAAACAACUUCCACCAUCAGCUACUAACCUUCUUGUGGAAUUUCCUCGUACUUCGAAGUGUUAUUUGUUGCCCAAAAUACACAAACCUGACAACCCUGACCGGCCAAUUGUCUCUGCUUGUGCGUGUCCUACAGAAAAAUUAGAUAUAAUUGUAUCUGGACAAGGUAAUAGCCCCUUUCAUACGCGGACAUGAAAGUUGCGUGAAAAACACAACGAAACUGUUGAAUAUACUGAACUCCUUUCGGCAAGCAGCAAUGGGGGCCACUGCUUGGUGUCUACCAUGGACAUGAAAUCACAUUAUACCGUCAUUUCCAGUGUGGAAACUCAAAGAUUUACCCACCAAUACCCUUGUUCGCAUAGCUCAACUGUCGCUGACCCUUAAUACAUAAGUGUGAUCAUUACAAGCAAGUAAGUGGCGUUGCAAUGGGAAGAAGAAUAGGGCUGAAAUACUCCUGCCCUCCUUGGCUACGUCGAAGAGAGAUGCUGGCUGAGUACACCACAAUGAGGCCACAUUUGGCGGCUUUUUCCGGUACGUGGGUACCCUCACGACCUGACAAGAAGAGCACGACCUCGUGCGGUAGCAAAACAGAGAGCGGAUUUGUGACCACCCCAGGUAAUAAUCGCACCGCGGCUGACCGACAUGCCCUGGUCAUCACGUACCAUCCCAAGAACAUUGACAUCUGCAAUAUCCUACUCCGAAAUUAUUCCAUUCUGAAUGAUUGUAACGCAAAAGUCAUCUUUUACAAAUCGUCACUUGAAGCAUUCCGACGCGCGAAAAUCCUGAGAUAUCUGCUCGUUGAUGACAACUUACCGCCAGAUUCCCACUGAAGAUAUGCAAACACUACUAAUAAGAACGUAACAAUACACUAAUAAUAACUUAAAUAUUUGGGCAGGGACACCGCAACAGCUAAAGCCAAUUACUGCGGACCCAAAAAAUAAAAGGAUAUAUAAGUAGCAAUUUAAAUCACAUGCAGUAGCUAAUUUCUUGGUCUAAAAACCUGGCUGUGUUACAUUUCAAGCAAAUACUUUUGAAGCUCCUUGGAGAGUCCGGGUCAUAGUUUAUUGCUAGAGCCCGCGAGUAAUAACCGUAAAGAACAGAUUUAAAGUUCUCAAAAGUAACAUUAUCUAGGUCACGUCUAGUAAUAAGCAGGUUCUAGUGGUUCUAAUUAAAAAAGAUUUCUGAAAGGUAGAAGUCCGGCAUUUUUAGGCACAAAAGAUUGAGAGCUCCUUACGGAUAUACGGGUCCUUCGCGCGCAUUCGCGCACGAAGGGAACAACAGACAGAUCUAAGUGAAUCAUAUUAUGCGUAGCCUUGUAAAAGUAUCCUAGAUCUAGUAACUCGUGCCAGUAGCACACAGGAAGUAGGUUUACAGACAUUAGUCUUUCUUUGUAAGAGAUAUUUGUUAAAAAAGGCAAGCAAAGAGUAAAUUUGGUGGCACGUCUUUGGAUACUUUCGAGUUUAGAAAUUAGUUCAAUGCCUUGGGGCGCCCAGACCUGGGUUGCGUAGCCAAGACGAGCACGAACUAGACCAAGGUAUAAUGUGCGCCUUACGGAAGUGCUGUGAAUAAACCUAGAGUUCCUCCUAACGAAACCUAACAACUUGUUUGCGCGUGCAGCUUGGUGAGAGACUUGGGCGUGCCAAGUCAAGUCACAGUCCAAGGAGAUGCCAAGGUCACGCUCUACCUCACAGGACUUGAUGGUACUGCUGUUAACCUCGUAGCUCGUACAGAUGGGCUUGCGCUUCCUUAAUGGUAAACUUGGCGACUAAUUUCGGGAACACCAACUGAGUUGCAUUAUGGAUAGAGUGGCCAUGUUGGUGGAGAUGCGCUUUACCCACAACUUGGUACUUUACCGCCGGAUGACCUGAACCAAGAUUUGGGUGACUUGCGCGCGCACUUUUCUCUGUUUUGACAAUGCAAAGUUCUCACAAGUAGCCUAGAAACGGAUUGACCUAAUUUUCCCUGAUGAGGGCAGUAGUGCCGAAAAGUCGGAGUUUACACUUCAAUUAACAAUUUUUAAUUAACAGUUUUUCGUUCGUUAACACAAACAUAAUGCUUCGCAGGACCUGUUGAGGCCUCAAAUGUAAUAAAUGACCCUAAAUGCAAUAAAGGUCCUAAGUGUAAUAACUUUUGGCCCUAAAUGUAAUAACGGGUCCUACGUGUAAUAACUUUUGGCCCUAAAUGUAAUAAAGGUCCUAAUUAUAAUAACUUUUGGCCCUAAAUGUAAUAAAGGGUCUAAUAAUAUUAUAUGUGUAAUAGGUUUUAGCCCUAAAUGUGAUGGAAGUCUUAACAGUAUACUGCAUGUAUGUAGUAUAACAGCCCCAAAGUUGAUAAAGUCCCUGACUGAAACAUCCGACGGUCUGAUGCGAUAUUAAUUUCAUAGCCAGCUGGCGAUUCACUUUCUUCGCCCUAUUGUAGUCUUCAUAGAUAUUCAUAAACUUAGAAAGCGGCUAGAGCGCUCAAGAAGUAGGAGAAACACUUAUAAAUUAACUACGACUCGAUCGUGUUUCCUACUACAUCCCUACAUCGUAAAAUGCGAGUUAUAAACAAAUGGGAUCUACACAAAAGUUUUCAAAAUACAGUAGUAAUUUAGUAAUUGAAGGAAGUAUUAAUGUUCAUUAGAAACAAUCGUAGUAAAUUAACUACUUUUGCCUAUGGGGUUUUUUAAUGUUCCGCCCAAAAAAGAAAUGGUUUAUUUAUUUAUUUAUUCUUUUUAAUCAUUUUCCAAAAGAGUAUGUCGGUCGGUCCAUACAGAAUGCUGCGAACACGAAGUUAUAUAUAAACAGCAAGAUAUUAAGGGUAGUAUAUCUUGAUAGGUUUUGUGACUUCCUGACUUUGAUUUUAAUUUCUACCAGGAGUACUUCUUGAAGUGAAUUUUUAUGCUAACUUUUUUUCCAGGAUUUCACCACAUGAAUAAUAAUAAGUUGUUACUCAAAUGGCUAUAUAGGGAUCUUCCUGGGGUAUUUACUGUUUGAUAUUCCCUAGACACAUUCUGGCGCUCAGUUAACCUGUAAUAAGGCUGAAAGCAAACACUAUGAAAUCUUCUUAUGACCCUAAGCAUAAAAACAGCUGAAAGAAUUACACUUAGGACCUUUAUUACAUUUAGGACCAAAAGUUAUUACAUUUAGGACCUUUAAUACAUUUAAGGCCAAAAGUUAUUACAUUUAGGACCUUUAUUACAUUUAGGGUCAUUUAUUACAUUUGAGGCCUCAACAGUACCCUCCUUUUUGUUAUCGACAACAAAUCCAACCAGCGGCCAAGGGCGGGAGUUGAAUUUGGGCCUCCGGAUUACAAGUCCAGCGGUCUGACCUGGUAGCCACGUUUCUAAUUAAAGCACUAAGUACAGUGUUUUACUUUUGUGUAGUUGGUAGGGUUGUCCACAUUGCGCUCAAUGGGUUACUCUAUUCUAGUUUUUCUUUAUGCACAACAAAAAUACCUAUGGUUUUCAAUCAUUUGGUGAUAUUCCUAGCUCGAUUGUUGGAAAUUUGUUGCCCGCCUGGUGUUAAAAUGUGGUACCUGGCCCGCUGUCGAGCGCGUGUGGGGAUCGUAUGGUUUUGGGAAAGUUUUAAAACAAAAACUCGAAUAAUUCUUUUCCUUCACCAUCAUGUUCAAAAAUAUACCAGUAUUGUGUGGACACCCUUAGUAGCUGGGGAGUGCUUUUUCGUGAUGUUGCUAAUCCCUUACCAUCUCCCUCCAUGUAUUAUUUUGUGCGCGACGGUAUUUUGGGCUCUGCGCAUUCCUGUGUUUGGAUGUUCUGUUGCGUUAACGCACUCCGUACGUUAUUAACUGAUGUACACAGUGUAUGCUGAGUUAGGCUUUAUCGCUUCUUAUUGUUUUUUACUUUAUUUGUCUCUUCCUUGCAGAGAUAGCGGCUGUCGCACUCCUUUUCUCUAAAGCUUGGGGAUCGAACUUUAACCUUACGGAAUCUCUAUGGCUGCAUAGUCUGUUUUGUGUUGUUUAAAUUCCUUACCUGUAUUAUAUGGCGAUAUUCAAGAACAUAUUCACGUUGUGCACACGGUGUUCCCUCCAUGCACUGUUGUGUGAUGCUUUAGUUCUUUGCAUCCCUAAUCACUCUCCCCCUCCGCAUAACUUUGUCAACUAUUUGACAGUGCGCUUCAGUUCUGGCAUUUGUGCUUUGCUGAUGCAUAAAGGAGCGGGUAUGUUUUCGUUGUACUGUUUUUUAAAAAAAUAGCGUGCCACUCAGUUCGAAAAUGAACUGCGCUUGCGGGAGGUGGUGUGGCUACCCAUGCCUUUGUUAUACUGUUUAGUGAUGUUUCAUCACUUAGAAGCGAUAAUCUAUCAUUGGGUUCUUCAAAGAAUUUUCCGCCUUUCGCAUUUUAAUGCUUAGCAGCAUUAAAAUUUAGAUGGUCAUGUGUUUUGCCAUUUUAUUAAAAAGGCUAACUUGAGGGUAGCGAAUGUUUAUGGGUCCCAUGUUAUAAAACUUGGUAACUACAUCUCAGUGGCCAGAGAGUGUUGUUGUAUUUGAACCAUCAGUGUGCUCAUGCCAAAUGUACAAAUCAAGAUAGCUCCGUCGCGACUUAUUUCAGUGAAUUCCGCUGACCAUUGAAAAAGGGUGAUGCAUAUGCUGUUCAUUGUAGACAGGCCUUUUACUCGUUUCGUUAGAUGUCGCUUAAAUAUCAACCGACUUAUUAACGUGUCAUGUUAGUCGUAGCGACUUUGUUUUCUUUUGCCAUUUUUAAUGAACCCAAAAAACCGUCAGGAGCACCCAACGACAACUUUCGAAAAAUUAUCUGUUCGGAAGACGAUUUGAGGUCUAGAAUUUUCUGAAAAGUUUCUUGCUUGCCUGCCUCUCCUAGGAUUUUCGAACUUCAAAAAAAUCGUAUAAUUGCGCAUUUUUAACGGAUUUUUACCCUAAAAAGGUCACCUAGGAUUUUCGGGAGCCUUUUUUCUGGCUGAAAUUUUCGAAAAGGUAAAUUUUGAUCCCUAUAAUUUUCGGCUCACUAUACUUUCAGCUAGGAAAUCCGAACAGAAGAAAAAUUUUUAGGGGAUAAAAAUAACCCUUUAUCUACCGUUUAAAUACUAAAGUACGUUCAACAAUGCUAUGUUUAUGUGGUUUUGAACUAUAUUCUCGUUGGGUGCCCCUGAACCGUUUGUAGAUAGUAUGAAUUUCUACAGUACAGAAUAGCGCAAUGUUGAGCAGGGACGUUUGUACGGGGCUGAGUAUUAAAUUAAUGACUUCCUUUACAAUUGUUUCACUGUUAGUAAAUGACUAUCAUCAGUCGUUUAUUUGCGCUACGUCCUCUUUCGUACACCGGAUAUCUCUUGGAGAAAAUAUAAAUACGCAUUCGUGACAAAGAAUGUUAAAGGAGCUAUGUCAAACAAACAGUGCAGCUCAAACAGUGGAACCUGCACCAUAUUAAAUUGAGUGAAGCAUAACCGCUCAAAGCCGGUAUACAUAACACAGCAAAUACAAAAGAAGACAGGGAUGGAUAAAGUACUAGUAAAAAAGAAGAUUAAAACUGAUUGCAAUUGUACUUUUUAAAUACUUUUUUAGCCUAACAGUUUCUUAAAGUUGUUUUUAACGUUUGAUAUAUUGCUUAAUUGGGAGAUAUGUUUGUUUGACACAAAGGUGUGCUUUAGUUAUUUGCACGCAAUUUCGUCACUAACGUGAAGUUCGAUGGAUGUGUGACUGGCUUGAUAAGCAAAUCAAUAUGAACUAGGCAGCUGUGACACAGCCCCUCUAAGUCUCGAAGAUUUGUAGCGGCCGUAUUUAUUCCAAGCAAUCAUAGAACGUCAAUACUGCAAGCAUCGCAAUAGUUGUUUUAUGUUCUUUAUUCAUAAAUUCUUCAUUUUCUGUUUGUCAACAAGUAAGAGAUGGAUUUUAGGAACGGCCUGCACAAGUAAGUCUAUCCUCUAAAACUGUGCAUUGUUCCAGCUGUGCUGUUUUCCAUAUUAUAAUCGUUAUCAUUUAUUAAAAGCUUCGUGGAGGUUUAGAGAUUGACCUCUUCCGUUUUAAGCCUAGGGUGCCCAUUGUUCUGGUCAAAGCUAUAAGACCGCCCAGCUAACUUUAAACCUAAAAAUAAGAAGAAAACACACAGACAUUAACAAAGCAUGGAUGAAUUCUGGCAUGGAGAACAAAUGAAAACCACUUAAUAUAUUACCAAUUUACCGCUCUUAAAUAGUCGAUCUACCGCAAAUAUGUUCGAUGAAGUUGGUGUUUAAUUAAUAGACUCUUCCACGUUUUUUUUUUUUCCAACUUUUCAUAUGGACCAGUUAGGAAAAAUCCGUCGAUACCACCGAAAAGAGCGCCUUAAAAUUAGCAUAUUUGCCAAGUUUGAAAGUGAUUUGUCAAAACCUAACGAAUAUAUAGUUCCUCAGAGGAGCGAAAAUUUACCGACGUUUAUAUGGUGGGGUGCACAAACUUGUCCCUCACCAUACCAACGUCUGUAAAUUUUCGCAACUUUGCGGAAAUAUAUAUUCGUUCGCCUAAAACGAAUCGCUCUCAAAUUUGGCAAUUUUACUAAUAUUAAGGCGCUCUUUCCAGUGGUGUCGACGGAUUUCUCCUAGCUGGUCCAUGUCAAAUGUUGAAAAAACCAUGGAGGGGUCUAUUCCUAACUUAUGCUUUUUUUUACUUCUUGAAGGUUUUGUUACUUGGUAGAGCCUGCUCUAUCACAGCAGUAAGAAAGUGUCUUAUCUUUCUAAUAAUUUGCUUAUGUUCGCUGCUAAAAAUACAGAGGCGUGAUGGGCAACCUAGUAGAUGAAGAUGAGAAUUAUUAUGUAAAGUUAGAGGGUCAUGAAAACCAUUCUUGUGAUUUGUUAAAAUUUCAAUAAAGUGCCGGCUCAAGUGAGAUGGGCCCAUUUCAGAUAUAAUUUUUCUUAAUCUCUAAAUUUCAUUCUUGGCCUUGGUGUUUAUUUUUGACCCUUAAACUCCAUGCAGUGGGGAAAAUAAAACUUCAAGAAAAUAAAAUAGUUAUUCCUUUUCAAAGUAAACUAAGAAAACAAAUACAUAUCGUAGAAAAGUAUUUCUGGAGAGCUUUAAUCCACAGACAAAAAUGUUGACACUUGCAUUCACGAUUGAAUAUGGUAGCCAAGGAUUAAUCUCUACGAAGGUUCGAGAAGGUCUAGUGUUAAAGGUUACCACAGCUCCGGAGCAAAGCGUUGAUUGAACAAACUUCAUCCCAUGUUGUUUAAAGUUUCAUGAAAACAUAAUUUUAGUACUAACAAUCAUUUACACAUCGUCUGUUUUGGGUUUAAUUAUUUUUUUUUUUUUGGUAACGGUGUUACUUCACUGUGUUUACUCAAAUCAAAAUAUAAUGUUGGAAGGAUGGUGCAAUAAAUGUUCUCCUGGUCAAGAACUGUGACUCACUUCGCUCUUUUAAAUUUUUAAAGGAUUUUCAUUGGGAAUUUGGCCGUGCAUGUAUAUCCUCGUGACUACGGUGAAAUCAAAGAAAGGUCUAAAACAAUGUCGAUGCUUACCGAAAUCUAAAGGAAAUAAAACACCAUUGGUCUUCACGUUGAAUAAAAAGUCUCAAUAUCUUGAACCCCUUUCUUUUCAAAGGAAAAGUCUUGCAGCGAGCAAACGCGCCGCCGGAUUAACCUCAAAGAAGAAGAAUGGUAUUGGUCCAAUAGAGGAACGUUCAAUUUCCCUAUCACUGAAAUAAAACGACAGGAAAUUUAGGCCAGUAAAAUAUUUAAGAUUCUAAGUCGUGUUUUUCUUCCCACACUAAGGGUUCUGAUAACAGGUACCGCCGAGCUUCAGCGACCUUGUCUGCUCGGUCGCCAUAUGAGGCAAAAUUCAACAUGUGUUGAACAAGAGCAGGAUGCCUUCCCUCCCACAGAAACAUCGAAAAAUAAAGGCUUGAACUGUUAGACGCUUCACUAGUUGCCGGUAGCUUUCGAGCAGAGAGCUUUUCAGUGUGGCGGGGUUAAGUUUAACACCGGUUAGCCUUGUUCGAGCGUAUGGGAUGAGAUUUGCUCGCGUUGCUAUUCAAUGUGUUAACCAGACAAGUUUAGCUAAGGUAAGCGUGACGUGAUGAAAACUUAUUUAAACCGUGAUAGCCAGCAUCGCAUGAAGUCUUGCUCACGUUUUGAGACGCACAUUUUCUAGUUUUCAUGAACAAUGUGGCGUAUCUGAAAAAUUCGUGAGAAAAAGACAUGGCUCUUUACCCAAGCAAUUAUAGGACGCGUCUAUUGAUGUACUGAAAAUUUGCAAAAGAAAAAAAAACGCAUAUCAUCAAACUGAAUAGGAAAAGUGAUAAAUCACUCCAGAAACAAAAUACAUAUCGAUCUUUUCAUCAAGUUUUAUUGAAAUUUCAGGAAGAAAGAAGAAUUAUUAACAAGUCAUAUUUUUGAAAGACAUGGAUUUAAGCAGGUGUUCAGUGAAUCAGUUUUGAUGAGAAAGUAAAUGGGGUGGUGCUACGUUUUGCAUUAAAUCUUCAGUCCCUCUUUUCUUUUCGGUUAUUCUUUUAAAAUUCACUGAAUAAUACUCAACGUAAUUUUCAAAAAUCUUUUUUUAGUAGCAAAAUUGUUUGAAUCAUCAAAGCACGUGGUCGAAAUCCUUUCUCUAAGAAAACCUCUCUCCGCAGGACAGUUUUUAUUUUACGUUGAGUACAGGCCGCAUUGAAAUAAUUUAAAUUUGUAAGGCCGAGGCUUUGUUCCUUAUGUUGAUCGUAUACAUUUCCUCAGGGAAAACACAGCCACUAAAUAUACAUAGUGAAAGUUAAUACCAAAUGUUAAAGUUACUUGUAGGAAAUUUAUAAUCUUUGUUUAGUGGUGAUAAUUGUUAGGUGCUAGUUUUAUUGUGUAAGAUACUUGUUUUUCUCCGCCUUAUUUAUACAUCUAUGAGCGAUCACUUCCAGGCUUAUUUCCUGAGUAUAACGCUGAGUUUUGAAGAAUAAUUUUUGCGAAAACUGUGUUUAAACGAAGGCUAAGCUGAAUUGCCAUACCUGCUAUCUUCUGUUCUCCUUUGUAAGCACCUUACUUAGAAGCGGGUGUGGCGGUAGAAAGCAUGAUGAAGAUUAUAUUUAGUCCUUUUUUUUUUUUCUUUUUUCAAGAACUUCUCUUUUUAAUGAAGUUAAGGCAAUUUUCAAUUUUCUAUCCAAAGGUUUUCUAAUCCGGACAAUCCGAGACGGCGUAUAGGCUCGAGCACUUUACCAAAGGAUUUUAGAGAGAAUAUUUUGUGAUAUGAUUCAUUCAAAACGAAAGGAAGAAAUACAUUUAUUCACUUGAAAAUUGAAUCUUGAAGUGUAUUCAAAUAAAAGCAAACAUUUUCUCUACGUUGGCUUUGUUAGAGAUGGGACAAUUUCUUAAGCCGCUCUUGUAAAGAAGGUCACGUUGAAAUAUUUUCUCUUGUUACUGUCAUUUUAAAAGGAUCUUAAAUUAAAGAAAGCUUUAAUUCUUAACCCUGGCUUGGGAAAAUUCUCUUAGGCCUGAGAAAUUUUGUUAACGCAUAGCCUUCUUAUCUAUGUAUUUUCGUAAGGCAAAUGGUAGGAGAAUUCAAAGUUUUUAUGGUGGCAACCGUGCCUCGGUUGUGUUUAGAAGAGAAUGGCUUCUCUUUGAUUGACAUUCAUGAGCACCCAUCGGUGAUUUUCCCCCAAAUGCUUUAAAAACCUAUUAAGGUUAACUGCAGUGCCUUUAACUCUCUGAAAAUAAAUUUUAAGCGGCAGAAGAAGGUUAUCUGUUUUAUUAUGCUCAGUUUCUCAUUCCUUUCCGAAAAAUAUUGAGGUUGUCCUAUGAUUUUUCCAUUCUAGAUGCUGCUGUAUUUCCAAAACAUGAAAUUUUCUGAUAAAUCUUUCCGCCACUUUUUUCAAGACAGAAAGUGUUAGUGUCCUUUCUUACGGAUAAUAAACAAUCCUGGGAAAUGUUAAAAUUCCAUUCUCUAGAAAUCAGGGGAUGUUAAUAACAGAAUUGCGAACAUUUUAUGAAAUAAGAUUUUCGGAAUUUUGCUAUUAACUAGGAAAUGAAGCAGAUAUCUGGGCGUUUUGUUCUUGUAAACCGUCGAAAUUUGCAGAACAUACGGGUAUGUGCGUCAAAGAAAUGUUUCGCAGCAAGCAGUGUUUGAGUGCCACUGUUGAAUUCCUCAUUGUAGACUUUUUCAUAAAUAUGUUCCGCUCAGAUAGUCUAAAAGUAUCUUCAUUUUUUUCUUGUUUUUUUCCUCUCUCGUUUAUUUUCCUUUGAGAAAAUUACUUUUCUGAGAAGUAAUUAGGGAACCGGUUUCGUGCAAGGACUGAACUUCAGUUUUUGAUCGCAUACUACAUGUACAUGGCCCUAGUUUGAAAGCAACUAUAUAUGUGAAAUUUGAAAAGGCAGAAAAAGUUUUGAUACGAUUGCAAUUCAAGUAUCUGUUGUUUUUACUAAAACAAAUUAUUUCUAUGAUUGAAAAUUAGUCCGGAUUUGAGAAUAGAUAAACCGCGAAUAAAAUAUAAUAAAAUGGAAUAAUAAACAUCCUCUUGCCUCAAUAAAUUUCAUUUAAACAGGUCAUGCACACAUUUUCCACGAUAUUAAAUGAAUCCCCUUUUUGAAACAGUCUUUUGACUUAAGUGCGUCAUAGAUUCUUUCCUGUUUUGUAAAUCGCUGAAAGAAAUUUAUUUCGUGUCUAAACCAUUCAUUAACAGGUGUCAUGUUUGUAAAAUUUGAAGGUGGCUUUUAAACUUAAGGUAUUAGGGAUGGUUUUAUCCUCCAAACCAAAUACAGUCUCGUUAGAGAUAACAUGGUCUAUUAUUGCCGAAUUCAGACGUUCCUUUUUUCUCUUUGUCUGGAGAAGCACUGUUGAAGGUGUUUCGAAAAUCUUGACAGUAAAUAAACUGAUGAGGGUUUCAAAGAAUGUUUUUGGAUACGAUAAAAGAUAUGUAGACAGCGACAAUUUCAAGAACGGGUCAUUACUGAUAAAGAAACUCAAACAGAUUUAGAAGAGAAAAUGAUAAAAAGACAGACUUGCACUAGUUAAUAAAUAAUAACGAUGGUUUCACAGGUAUCCGUUUGUUUUGUGGUAAAACCUGAACAAAGCAGAACAGAGUAUUGAAAGAAAAGCCGUGGGGUAUUUUGUGUCAAUUUUUGUUCUUUUACUGGUAAUCGAACACUGAUUUUCCCUCUAUUGCGUCGAGAAUAAACUCUUAUUUGACCGCAUACUUCAGAUGCACGCUCUGUAAAGUAAGAAAGAGGUGACACAUAAUAGCUAGUCUUCUUCUUAAUGAAAUAGUUGUAACUACGUACAAUGCGGGUGAACCUUUCAAGGUUUGCUCUUUUAAUUGAGGAUUUCGAACUGCAACUUGAGUAGACGAAAACUGUUCUGGAUUAGUUUGUUGUUUAAGUUUGUUUGGUCAGAUAUGCCUUGUACUUUCAGUGUUUUGAAAACAUGAUAUUUACUUUUAAUGCUUGUAUUUAUUGUUAUUUGAGGGUAAUUCAAGGAAUUUUGUAAUCAAUGUCACCUUCAAUUCUUAUCAAGUCAGAGUCACAUAAGACAUAAGAAGGAAACAACAUUCCGCCCAAAGGAAGUGCUUUGUCCAUCUUGUUUUCCUCAAACAUUGAUAAAUUUUGUAUUCUCUUAACCGUUUCACUGCCAGAGUGUUUGAUGGAGUUUUGUAAGGUGACUCUCACUUUUGUGUGUGGACGAAAUCCUAUGAUGUGACCAUUCAAAUGAAAGCUCUCCGCCUGUACUUUCACACGAUGCUAUUUGUUUCUCAAAAUAUUAGAAAAUGAAAUUUGGAAAUUUGGUAGGAAUUUGCCUUUAGCCACGUUUGGCAGUGAAAGGGUUAAUAAAGGGCCCCAUGCCCAACUUUCACAAAAGGGCAUAAACUCAGGGCGGAGGAAAUGACCUUUAAAGGCCCACGUUAAAAUAAUAUUUGAUCAGCUAUUUCAUGGUCUUUUGUCCCGUUACGUUAGAGGCUAUCAGAACAACUGCUUGUUUGUCAAGCGAAGCACAAUUCUGUAGACAUCCUUCCUUUCUCAAAAUGUCUUUCAGUUUUUCAACUCACUCUCUUAGGAUACUGUUUCCUUGAACGCUUACUAUAGUAUGAGAGCAUAUUUGUCUUACGACUACUGUAACAGCUCUCUGUCUACUUUCGUUGAUAACUAUUUCUCAUUGAGAGGGAUAUGAAAAAGGCUUUUUGCUUACGAGCCAUAACCUGAGAACUGUUUAUCACGAACAAGGGUCUCGGAUUUACUAACUCUAAUUACUACGAGCACAUCGCACAAACUGAAAAGCAUGACAAAUAAACUGUCUUGACUAACAUAGACUUCCAUGCAAAUGGGUCAUUUGUAUAUUGACAGAAUCACAAGUGAAAACUUCGAAUCUAUAUUCCAGUUUCUGAUAAAACGAAAGAAUAUUUUAAAGAACAACCGAAAAUGGAGAGUUCCCUGUUUUCUCUCAACCAAAUAAAGUACUUUUCGCUCGAUAGAUAUGUUUCUCAAAGUGCAUACCAUUUUUUCAGCCUUUAAUAAAAUGGUAUUCCAAUGUGGAAUUCAUACACCAGCACUGUGUCUCACCACUGUAUUGCUUUCCCAUUGAGCUCGACAUUUUACUUUGUGGUGAUUAUUGUCAUAUUUCAUUGUCUUUCAUAAAACUAUGCUUUUUUGUCAUGAUUGAAGAAUAUCCGACUUUAUUCAAAAGAAAAAAAAUGUUGUUAUACUGUACUGAAAUGCGAGAAUGUAUUUCAACCUUAAGAAUGCUACAUGUAUUGUUUGACAAAUUUGUGGCCAUGCAAAGCAAAACUUCUUUUACUAGAUAGAAGAAUUUUGUUUAAACCACUAAUACAGGAUUUUAAAUACUCAAGCUUGUAGUUCUCUGAAACCAAAUUUGUUGUUGCACCUUAAUUUGCACGGGUUCUUAAAUGCGUGGGCGCUCAGUUAUGUACCUGGUCUUCGAGGAGUGAAAAAGCCACUUGAAGAAGCUGUUGCAUAAAACGCUUUAGUUGCACUUUCAUUUACAGAAAGGACGGCCAUGGUGGUGAAACUUGAUACCUUUAGAGAACAUUGUUCCAAAAUCAUCGGUCAUGGCGUCAAAUAUUACUACGUGUUUUCCAGUAUGUGUAUUGAUUUUUCCUUACACGGCAGGAAUAGAGGCUUUAUUUUUCAAACAGGUGAACAUUUCUGUGGAAGCAACAUUCCGUUUUGGAGUUGGAAGUUUAAAAGUGGCUAUGUGGUACAACUUACUUUGACUGCCUUUCUUAUGUAAAGAUCUUUAACGUUUAUUGUCGUAUACAAGUAUGCCCAGGUUUUGAAAAUACAUUUAAUUACUCCCUAUAUACAUCGAUACUGUUGAUGUUUUCAACCUUUGUAUGGGUAAUGCCAUCCGUAAGUGAUUGCCCUAUGCCAUGUUGUCCUUUAAAGGAACAAAUCCAGUACAAUUUUGAUUUAUUUGGUACCACAAGAUAUCUAACAAUGCUUUUCAAAGAUUUUUUGUAAAAAGGAAUUGUCAGCUAACAUUUAUCCUUAGACCAGAGAAAUACUGACGGUUGAAAGAAGUCUUUAUCACUGUUUGAAUUUCUAUCAGUUUACGAUGUGUCUUUUGCCCAGGGGUGGUGCCUCUGACCCAAUGGACGUUUAUUCUUUGAAUCAAAUACUACUCUUAUUUAGAGUAGUUUCAUGUAGAAUUCACAGGGCAUAUAAUUUUCGAGAAAAAGUAUCACUAACAUUCACGAAAGCAAAACCUUUCUAUGUUGCAAUUCCAACCGGAAGCAAUUUAUCAUUAAUAGCCUUGUCGAAACGAAACAUAUUACUAAUUUGCUGUAGGUAGCACACAUUCGCAAAGCACAAAGCAAAAUUUUGAAGACAUUUAGGUGUAAUAUCUUCUUAGAUUUAAUCUAUUAGUGAUUUCAAGAUGAAAUUAUUGCUGGCGAUAACUGUAGCUGCUUUUGUCGCCAUGUUUAUCAUGCAAAUGCGUAGGGAGAGGUGAAUUUGGAAGUGAGAACGUCUUUCCGACGUUUCAUUUUUUAGGAAAUGCUUUUACGUCUGUUGGUUUCAAGUAGAGGUUUGGGGUCGUUCCGUGACUUUAGAGGAAGAUUGAAAAAAAUUUCAAACCUUCCGUGAUCGCUGGACAAAAGAUUUACAUUAUGGUUGGGCGACCAGUUGAGAUCUCUACAGGGCGCCAGUUUCUUUAAAAAAAAAAAUUGAAAUAAAAAAAGCAGAGUCUUAACCAAGACAAGCUACAACCUGCCAAAAAGGUUAUAUCUGUUUGUAUCUGCGUUUGAUUAUAAACAUGCAAAAUAAAAUAAAAAAAUUAAUCUUCCUGUCCGGACAGAACGAGAAGUCGAGACAUUUCUCUUGCACACGGUUCCAGUUUCCAUCCUGGACCUUUCAGAAUUGAUAUAUGAAUUUAUGAAAUUAAAUUUAUGUUAGAAGGUUUUAAUCACUUUCGUAGCUUAAGACAGGACGGAAAUUUUUCUUAAAAAAAUCCAUUUCCAUAUACUGGCAUAUUUGGGUUAAAUUUAUAGAAGCAAUCCACCCAAAGCUUCUACUUCAUUUGUUGCAAUUUCGUCAUCCAAUAACAGGUGACAUCAGUUGGGUAAAAAUAUAUGUGAUAUCAAGAACUCGUGGCAAUGUCUUAAUGUGGUGAUUGGACUGAAAACCUUGUGUAGCGUGAAGAAAUAACGUCUAUAUUGUGCGGUAGUGUUUCUUUCGAGAAAAAAGAAUAAAAAAAUUGCUUGUAAUACUGUUAAUUACACUACAUGUAACUAAACUCUGCAUUUUACCCAAGCACUUCUCAAUAAUAAAAAAAAUUAAUCGCUUUUGUACUCUCAGUAUACAAAGCAUUUUGCGAAACCCAAGUAGAGUGGCGUCACCAUCAUAGCACAUUUAGCACAAGACUUCUUCUAGGGUUCGAAAUAUACAUUAGCAGUUCCGGUGGUCUUUCACUAGGGAAGUACAGCGGUACUUUCUUAAAAUAA